GGAGAGGACGGACGCGGCACAGCCUCUCUCUAUUUCGCUCUCUCGGGGUUUCCACAAAGCUCGCCUGCUAUAAGUGGCGCUCGACCCGGGAUUACACCGCUAACGCGACGCUAAUACGAUGAGCUCGGGAUAUUCGUACUGUCGACACGGCGCUAGAAUUAGUGCGACGUAGUUCUUGUUAGAUAGGGAGUGUUUAGAUUAUGAUAAACGUCCACCACAGGCCAACUUCGACAUCGCGGCGAACACAGGCCAGUCUGUCCUUUUGGGGAUGGGGGGGUCUCGGAGUCGUGCUGUUUCUCAUCACUUUCGGACCCUUCGCCAUAUUCUAUCUGGCCUUUUAUAUCCUCUGCUUCAUUGGCGGGGGCUUCGCGGUCACUCUGCUUUACGGAAAGAUCAACUCCGAGAAGUACUUGGAGAAGUGCGAGCACUCCUACCUCCCGCCCCCACCAAUUGGUAUUUUAAAGACGUUGGAUGAGAUGAAGCUCGAGAUGAAGCCCAUAAAGAUCGACAGGCGACUGACUGGCUCCAGUUUCAUAGAUGAACCCCUGCAACAGGUGAUCCAGUUUGCUUUGAGAGAUUAUAUCCAGUACUGGUACUACACCCUGAGCGAGGAUGAGUCUUUCUUAUUGGAGAUCAGACAGACGCUGCAAAAUGCCCUGGUCCAGUUCUCCACGCGGUCAAAAGAAGUGGACUGGCAGCCUUACUUCACCACUCGCCUGGUGGACGACUUUGCCACCCAUCUGCGUGUCUUUCGUAAAGCUCAGGAUCGUCUCUCUGACAGAGAGGAUAAACAAAGGGACAUAACAGAGGAGCUGAUAGACUCAUUCUUUGAGGCUGAAGUUGAGAUGGAAAGGAAGAUCUGCCGAGACGUAGUCUGCACUUCUCUUAAGGAUGAAGAAGGUUUCCUUCGGGACUUAUGCGAGCUGCUGCUGUAUUUGUUACUACCUCCUGGAGACUUCCACAACAAGAAUAUGAGAUAUUUUUUAAGAGAGGUGUUGGCGCGUGGGAUCCUGCUUCCUCUCAUCAACCAGCUGAGUGACCCGGACUACAUCAACCAGUUUGUCAUCUGGAUGAUCCGAGACUCCAGCUGUAACUACGAAGCCUUCAUGAACAUCUUGAAACUAACAGACAAGCCUGCAGAACUGGAGGCUGUGAAGGACAAGGUGAUGGAGGAGCUCCAGUACUUGCGCUCACUGGACACAGCGGGAGAUGAUAUCAAUGUGAUCAAGAAUCAGAUCAAUAGUCUUCUGUUUGUGAAGAAGGUGUGUGAGACCAGGAUCCAGAGACUACAGUCUGGCAAGGAGGUGGAUGCUUUGAAGCUUGCAGCAAACUUCGGCAAGCUGUGCGUCAUCCCACUGGACCACAUCCUCGUCCACAACAUAGCCCUGCAGUUCUUCAUGGAUUUCAUGCAGGCAGCCGGGGCCCAGGCGGAGCUCUUCUUCUGGCUCACCGUGGAAGGCUACAGGGUGACGGCGCAGCAGCAGCUGGAGGCGAUGCAGCGCUGGCAGAAAGAUGGCAAGAGGCAACCCAACGCCACCAAGGGGCUCCUGAAGGCAGCGGCGCUCGGCGUCUAUGAGCAAUACCUCUCUGACAAGGCCUCUCCCAGAGUUCAAGUAGAUGAGGACUCGAUAACACGCUUGGGGGAGAAACUGCUGAAAGAUGAUCCCACGCCAGAAAUAUUUGAUGACAUCCAGAGAAAGGUGUACGACAUGAUGCUGAGGGACGAGCGCUACUACCCUUCCUUUAAGCAGAGUCCUCUCUACGUUCGCAUGCUGGCAGAGUUGGACAUGCUCAAGGAGCCCAGCUUCCGCGGCUCUGACGACGGCGACGGCGAAUCUUUCAAUGGCUCGCCGACGGGAAGCAUUAACCUGUCGUUGGAUGACUUCAACAAUUCCUGCCACGAUGAAUCUAUGCAGCUCCACGCGUUCAUCUCCGACACAGGUGUGUGCAAUGAGCAUGGGAAGACGUACGCGCUUUAUGCCAUCACUGUAUUCAGACGCAACCCAGACGGCAGCGAGGACUGCUGGAAGACGUACCGGCGUUACUCGGACUUCCAUGACUUCCAUAUGAGGAUCACAGAGCAGUUUGAGAACUUGGCGUCCAUCCUCAAGCUCCCAGGGAAGAAAACCUUCAACAACAUGGAUAGAGACUUCUUGGAGAAGAGGAAAAAAGACCUCAACGCUUACCUACAAUUGCUGCUGAACCCCGAGAUGGUGAAGGCGUGCCCAACGCUUAUCCCGUAUGUCUAUGACUUCCUAGAGAACAAAGCCUACAACAAAGGGAAAGGAGACUUUGCACGCAAGAUAGACACGUUUGUGAAUCCCUUGCGGAGUUCCAUGAGGAACGUGUCCAACGCGGUCAAGUCGUUCCCCGACAGUCUGGCCGAGGGCAUGAACAAAGUGUCGGACAACAUGGGCCGCAUGUCCGAAAGACUCGGCCAGGACAUCAAGCAGUCCAUAUUCAAGGUGCCUCCUCUUCUUCCCAAGGCAGACAUCGACCCCGAGCAUUGUCGAGUGUCUGCGCAGCUGGACGACAAUGUCGACGACAACAUCCCGCUGCGGGUCAUGCUGCUGCUGAUGGACGAGGUGUUCGACCUGAAGGAGAAGAACCAGUGGCUGCGCAGGAACAUCAAGAACCUCCUGCAGCAGCUCAUCCGGGCCACUUACGGGGACACCAUCAACAGGAAAAUUGUGGACCAUGUGGACUACUUAACUUCGCCAGAACAGGUGGCAGACUACGUCAAGAAGUUCAGAGACGCGUAUUGGCCUAACGGGAUUCUGGCCGAGGCGCCGCCCCGUCGGGACAAGAGCAUCCGCAUGAGGACUCGCGUCGCUGCCAAAACCAGCCUGCUGGGCAUCAUGCCAGACGAGCUGAAGCACAUCAUCGGCGCCGACACCACUCGCAAGGGCAUCCUGCGCGUCUUCGACAUGUUCCAGUACCAGGCCACCAACCGGCGGCUGGUCUACGUGUUCCUGGAGGGUUUCUUGGAGACCAUGUUCCCCCAGUACAAGUUCCCCGAGCUCUUCGUCAAGCUGCACUCCCGCUCGCCGCGCGUCCACCGAUACGGCCAUAAACUCAAGAGUUCCUCGCUCAAGAGGUGACACGAGUCAACCGAGCCGGGCGGGCACGGACACGAGUGGACUCGCUCGCUCGCGCGCGCGCGCAAAGACUUAAGAGCUAAAUGUGACAUUGGGGGAGGGGCUCAUGUCCAACAUGAGAAGCCCUCACGUCUUCUUAUUGAAAACACUCCGAAUAAUCCCAACGAUGGUCUCGGACAGCACACGUACAUUCUUGGAAAGCCAUUUGAGCAUUUAUUCAAUGUCCUAGCGUAAGACAAUUCUGCACACUAGUAGAAUGUGUCUGACCUGUGUUUUUUUUUUCCACUACUAGUGCCAACUUUUGGCCCACUAGUGAAAGCCAUUUGAGCUUUCAUCAAAUAUCACAGCUAUUAAAUCAACAUAUUCCAUAGUUCACUACUAAGGUUGAAUUGCAAACUAGUAGUACAAAAACAAUCGAGUUUGAUACAGUGUUGGCACUACUGCUCUGAAUUGUCCUGCUUGUGAGGACAAACUAGUGCACGCAUCUUCCGAUGAAUACUAAGGAAUAAAUGCUCAAAACGGCUUUCGUUGCAGUGCAUCCACAUGGUUGUGUUUUUUUAUUCCCUUUCGGUUUUGGAUGUUUUUAGUUUGGUUUUGCUAAACCGGGCCCCGUCAGUGCUGCUCCCCGGUGGCCCGGCGAGUACUGUUCCGUUUUUUUUUUUUUAAACUGCAGGAAGAGAUAAGAUCGCGACGACCCACCUUGCCUUACCUUCCUUUUUCGCGUGUACUCGCCCCCCCUUCUUAAUGCUGUGGACCAUUUUUAACUGCAAAAGCUGCACUCUUUGCAUCCAUAGCAACCAAAUAUCUCCAAAGGACUGGCUAACGAGGCGCUGUUUUUUAAAAAAAAAAAAAAAUGACUGAACAAAUAUAGGAUGAAUGGAUUUUUUUUUUUUUUUUAAUUCUUAGUUUCCCGCCUCGGUGUUUUCUUUUUGUGUUGCAUCAUGAUUGUCAAAGAGGAAGCCCCCCCACACUUCUCCCCCCCACUUGAACUGUCCAUCCUGACCCCAGAUGACCAAAGCUGAUGCUUUUCUGUUCUGUGAAAGACAUAUGAAGCGAAACGAUGCAAUGAUCACCUCACGCUGUGUUUGUGUGUGUGUGUGUGUGUUGAGGCUCAGCUGUCCGUGCAAGCACACUUUUAAGUCCACGUCUGUAGAAAGCCGUUUGACGAUUUUAGUCGAUGGAACGUCUCGAUAUCGAGGUUAAGGUCAAUCUGUAUGAUCUUUGUCCUCACUAGUAAGACAAGUUGGAAAUGGUGGUGCCAUACAAUUUGAAUUAUUUGACCACGUUUAUAUCCCAAAUCAUCUUUCCCUAUUGAAACGAAUGGAAAUGUAAUUAAUCAGAUCCAGACCCCCAAAAAUGUGCAAUUUUUUUUUUUCCAAAUGAGUAUUUACAGAAGAAUUGUAAUGCGGUAGUGUUUAGAGCGUCGGACUCACAGUUCUGAGGACCAUGGUUCAAAUCCAAGCCCCGCCUGUGUGGCGUUUGUGAAUUGAUAGCUGACAGCUUUAAUGGUUUGCUGAUCCCGUCUAGUUAGGGGAGUGUUAAGCAUAUGUUCAUCUAAUUAAUUUUUGCUUACAUAUCACGACAAAAAAAUAAUAAUAAUAAUAAUGAUAACAAUUGACCAAGUAAAAUCUGAUCUAAAAAAAAAAAAAAAACACACAAAUCAAUCCAACCAACUGCCUUACUAAUAAUGUAUCCCCCCGCCCCAAACAAUAUCACACACUAGAAGGACAAUUUUGGCAUACUAGUUGGUAAACUACAUUAAUAGAGAGGCAAAACUACACUAGUUGACACCUGUGUGCUACUAGUAUUACUAGAUGUUAUCUAGUGCAACAGUCUUAUCACUAGUAGUUCUAGAAACGUGUGGCUGUCAACUAUUGAGCUGUUUUCCCCCCUUACUUAGUACCUGUAGCUAUGACCCUAAUCAGUGUAGUUGUGGAAAAAGGUGACUGCAUUCAUUCCACAAGUGCGCUAAAUAGAUCUAUUAAGUGAGCACAGAGCUUACUAGUACACGGACCUUAAGAUGGAUAUCGAGAAUAUCAAAUAAAUGCUCAAACGGCUUUUCACACGCGUCAACGAAUGUAUUCUCUGCGCUAGUGUGUGUUUCGUGCAAAUGUGUGCGUUUGCGUGGUCCACGUGCGGUCAAUCCGCAGGAGGGACUCGGCCUUAGGACAAAACAUCUACCGUGUGAACUGACAAGAAGCCCUCCACUCCACUCGACUGAAUUCUCCUUUCGCGAUAUGGACAAAUAAGCCGAAAACACUUUUUUUUUUUCCCCCACGCCAGACAAGCAGGUCUUAAAUUGUGUGCAAUAUCAUUUUUCUUGGAUGCAUCUGCAUUUUGCAUUAUUGUACAGUGAAAUUGAAUUCAUGUUCUUUAAAAAAAGAAAUGUUUCUCCUUCUUAGUCUGACAACAUUCCAUUGUAUUUUUUUUCUUUUACAGACUUGUUUUAUAAGUCACAUUGGUUUUUUUUUUUCCCCCCAAGGGUGUGGCCAUGUUUUUUUCCCCGUGAAGAUUUACCUUUUAUUAGCAAAUUAGCUCCGAUGGCUAAUUAGGAUGGGACAGGCCUCGGACCCCCUCUCCCUGCCUCAUCCCGAAACAAUUGACAAGUGGAAUCGCUGCUCACGAGCACUUCUAGUAGCAACUUUGGGCGGAGCAGUCAAUGAUUGGACCUCAGCCGUGGUGGCCUCCGGACGCCACCUUUUACUCUGCACACCUUUCCAUUCCGGAAGGCUUUUUUGUUUGUUUUUUGCACCCCAAUAUCCAUAAAAUGUUCAUCUGUACAGUUUGUCAUUAGUGUGCCUAAAUGUACUGUCAACUCUUAUUUUCUUAUUUUUCUUUAACCUAAAUGAGAAAAAAAAAUAUCUGAAUGUCAUGAUCACUUCCAGCGACUGAAAAUGACUCCCCCCCCAGCUGCCCAUUAUGCUUACAAACAAACCCUUGAGAGCAACUGUGGCUCACAUAACACUAAUAAAAGGUAACUCUGACUAACAGACCAACACUGUCUGGCUUGUGUUUUACCCUUUUGAGCACUGGAGGGGCUCCACUGAUAUCAGUAUAGACUGUUUUCGACUGACGUCACACACCUUCCGAUUAAGAAUGCGGGUGCCACCUUGGUUUGGUGAAUUCGCGUUAACAGACGUAACUAACCAGGAAUAAUUGCCGUAUGAAUGGGGGCGCACUGCUAUGUUAUCGGUUGCUCAAACGGCCAUUGUAAAGAAUCUCUCUUUCGACUGCCAGCUGUGAGCAAGAAGCAGUGCGUGAAAACUGAGCAGUUAGCAAGCAAACGGCGACAACUGUGGCCGUCUCGUAUUAGCAGCAAAGCACAAUGCUCGUUUGUGAAUGCAAUUCAUGUCCCCAAUAAUCUGUAUUUUCCAUUUUAUUAUAAUAAGUUUGCAAAAACAUGUUAGCGCAACUGUAGCUGUUUUGUAAGUUGAGUUAAAAAUGUAGUCAUGGAAGUGGGGGAAAAGGUGCAGGCUCCACUUGGGACUCUCUCUUGCGCUCUCGCUCUUAGUAACAAAAAUGAAAAUAAUAACCUACACCUCUUUCGUUGGUAUAAUCAACAUAAUUUAACAACGCUGACUAUAAUCACACAGUACACACACCUUGGCAGUGUGCUUCAAAUGAAUACCAUGGCAUGACGAACCCAGCCGUUGAUGAAUUGCUUGUAGACCUCCAGACCUUUGUAAUUCUUUAGUCGCUCCGCGGUAUAAGCGCUUGUCGAGAAGAGGAGAUAGUGGACGAUGUCUGGAUAAGUUACCGACGCCCACAUUUGUGUGCUCCAUUUGUCUUUCUCCAAGGCAUAUGGGUCGAUCAAAGCGCACUUCUUGUCGUGACGGUUUCUUGAAACAACAUCUAAUGAGCACCGAUAACUUUCCAAAGUCUUUUUAGCCAUCAUGCGUCACUUUUAACAUUCGUACGACCAUUUGUGUCACUCCGGUCUAUAUGCAAAAGGAUUAGAGUGAACAGCACGUCAGUAGAGUGAACCCCUCCAACAUGGCCGCGUGCCCCGGAUGUAGUCAUGUGGUCGAAAACAGUCGAUACCAAGCACCGUGACCUGUUUCUCUUAAUUCCUUCAUGUAAAUGUUAAGCUUCAAUGAAAAAUUGCCCAGUCAUAAAUAAACAUAAUCUGCCUCGAGUGUCAGAGCGAAAAGAAGUAACUUGUACUGUAAACUGUUGAUAUAAGACAAAUUAACAGUAUUCAAACGAGAACUCCUGUGAGAUGGAGUGAU